UCAGAAACAAACUGGAGACAGUCGAGGUGUUUUAGCGCCACCAACAGAACAAGGCUGGAAGUUCAAAGUACAGAUUGUCCUGAUGUUCUGAAGGUUCUCACUUCAAACCUGAGAAACCUGCUGAAUCUGGAGGAGGAUGAUGAAGAGGAGGAUGAUGAAGAGGAGGAGGAGCAUCAGGGAAACACUGAGGUCAUGUGACUGCUGCUCUACUCUCACUCUGACUGAGCAGCAGAACAGACAUGAAGCUUCCAGCAGACUGAGACCAGAGAGGAGGACAGAACCAGGACCAGGACUAGAACCAGUAACAGAACCACGACCAGGACCAGGACUAGGAGUAGAACCAGGAGCAGAUGGAUCAGAGCAGCCCCUCUCAGAGCUCCAGUCAGAUGGUGAAAUCUGCUUCAGCGUUCGCCGACUUGCACCAGAACCGACCCAACAGCCGGAAACCGUCUCCGGUGUCCGGCUUCGUCCCGCCGCCGGAUUACCUGGAUGGAGACGAAGACGAUGACAUCAUCAAACCCAAGAAGCUCCUGAACCCGGUCAAGGCCUCCAAGAGCCACCAGGAGCUUCACCAAGAGCUGCUGAGCUGCAAACGCGGGGGUGUCAAUGUGGAGAUGAAGCCAGAGCUCCAGAGGGUUCUGGAGUCCAGGAGAAGAGAUCAACAGAUCCGACAGAAGAAGCAAGAAGACGAGGCUCGAAGGAAGAUCUCACCUCUAGAGGCUGAACUGCUGAAAAGACACAAGAAGCUGGAGGAGCUGGAAAAACAGCAACAGCAGCAGGAAAACCUGAAAGCUCCGGAGUUCGUCAAAGUCAAAGAGAAUCUGAGACGGACGUCCUUCAACAGCAAGGAGGAGAAGGAGGUGUAGGACAGACAGACAGACAGACAGGCCGGCAGACAGGCCACUGGUUUACAGGGUCUCUGAGGACACCGAAAUGCAGGGGAGGGAGGACAAACAGGAAACAGAAGUGUUGUCUCUCAGCAGUCAGAAGCUUGAACCUCAAAUGAAACACUUCGGUUUGAUCAGUGAUUGAUCAAUUAUUUAUUUGUGAUUGAUCAGUCAUUGAUCCUUGAUUUAUCAGUGAUUGAUCGGUUAUUAGUGGUUGAUCAGUGAAUGAUCAGUGAUUGAUCAGUUAUUUAUUAGUGAUUGAGCAGUGAUUGAUCAGUUAAUUAUUUGUGAUUGAUCAGUGACUGAUCAAUGAUUUAUCACUGAUUAGUGAUUGAUCAGUGACUGAUCAGUGAUUUAUCACUAAGUGAUUGGUGAUUGAUGAGUGAAUUAUCAGUGGUUGUCAGUGAUUGAUCACUAGUUGAUCAGUGAUUGAUUGCUGGUUGAUCGGUGAUUGAUCUGUGAUUGAUUAAUGAUUGAUCAGUAACAUUUACAGAAGCAGUUUAUGAGAGAAAAUCAGAGUUUCUCUUUAAUUCUGAUCUGAUGAUGAAAUCAGGUCAUUCUGAGGAUCUCUGAGGAGCUUCUGGAUCUGCUGAUGUUCCACACUGAUGGUUCCACACUCUGAUAGUUCUACACACUGAUGGUUCCACACUGUGAUGAUUCCACAUGAACUCACUGGUUUCCUGUUUCUGAACUGGAACAUUUUGGACGUACAGCAGCAGACUAGGAACACUGAAUGUUUAUCUGUGAAAUGUGUCUGAAUCAAAACCACAAAGAUAAAUCUGACGUUUAGCACCAGAACAAGCUUUAGACAUGGGGCUCCGAACCCUCAAACCUAAACUCAACCUAAACCCAACCUAAACUCAACCUAAACUCAACCUAAACUCAACCUAAACCCAAACUAAACCCAACCUAAACUCAACACCUGAUCUGACCUUCUGCCUCCAAAAUAAAAGAAUUUUUUUCCAGGAUAUUGUGGACAGAGAUCAGCACUUCCUGUCUUUCAGAGCUACCAGCUGACUCUGUGGGGUCGACAUGAAUCCGGUUUCAUUCCGUUGCUGCUACAAACCAUUUAGGUUCUGUCUUUAACUUGUGGAUAAGCGAUCAGCUGAUUGGGGUUCUAAAAGAGUCUCCAUCCAUUGAACGUCAUGUGAAAUUCAUCCUGAUUCUGAAACCUGCUGGAGGCUACCAACCAGAGGUAAAGAUCUAGAUUCAACCAGAACCUUCUGUCUGGGUUUAAACUGGAGCUUCUUAGGAUGGAGUUUGGUUCGAAGGUUCUAGAGCUGCAGCUGAUGGUUGGUUCUGUUGUGGAACAUCUUCAGCUGCUUCGUCUAUAAAACAUUCAGAACUGCUUCUGGUCAUUCAGCCUGGGAUAAUGAAACUGGUUUCCAUGGAAACAGAUCCAGGUUCUGCUGGGAUGGCUCAGUUCCUCCAUGUUCUGCUGAUGUGCUUCCACAGAAACGUUCUCCACUGCAGGUUUCUGAAAACCAGUUUGUGCCUAAAUCUGACUGAUGUCAGUUCUUCUAAACACUGAAAACACGGAACCACAGAAAACUGAACCUCUGAGAACAAACUGAGGAGUUCUCAGGAAUUCUGAGGAGUUCUCAGGAGCUCUGAGGACUUUAGAAGAAGAGAAUGUCAGUGAGAUGUUUGCUGUUUGGCCUUGCUGUAGAUACGGUAGCAGACUAAGUGAAGCCUUACAGCGUCUUACUGCUGGUAGACGUUCUAUCACUGAAUCUGUAGAACUUGAGGACGAAACAGCACUUUAGAACUUAACUGUGUCAGUGUGAAUCUAAACUGAUUUUUACUUGUUGUAUGUUCUGUUUGUGUAUUUUAAAGUUGUUCUGAGUGUAACUAGAACCCGGAGAAUGUCAUUAAAGGACUAAACCUGC